AUGGACCAAGAGAGAUCGACAGAAACGAUAGCUCGCUUCGAACUCAUGCGAAUCAUGGAUAUCCACAUUAUGAACUAUGUUAGAUUCAAUCUAAGGAACUUGUUCACUCUUCCACUAGCAGCAACUGCCUCUAGCACCCUGGUACCUCGGUUGGAGGUCGAGAGCCUCUCAUCCGGCCUCUAA